GUGAAAUGGGGGGAAGCAAAUUCAUUGAAGAUGGCUGGGAAGGUCGGCGAUUUCGUGUACAGAAUCAGUACAGCAAGAGAGUGGGAAGAGUUGCAGAAGAAUGGAUCGGUUUUCGGUGGAGAGCUUGAUAGGUCUUCGGGUUUCAUCCAUCUCAGCAAGCUGGAUCAGGUUCAGUCAACAUUGCAAAACUUCUUCUUGAACACCAACGAGGAACUAUACCUGCUCCAGAUUGAUGCUAAAAAGUUGGGAGAUGGGUUGGUGUAUGAAAUUGUGGACGGUUCAAAUAGCUUCCCUCAUUUCUAUGGGCCAUCUCGAAGCUUUAGGCCUCUUCCUCUGGAUGCCGUAACGAAGGCAGAGAAGCUGACUCUCUCUGAUGGCCGUUUCAGUUGUAGAUUGCUAGAAGAUUAAAGGGGACCAUUAGCUGCGAUUAAAUUGUUCCCUCGUACUUCUUUGUAUCGCGUCAGCGUGGGGCGCUAAUCAAAAUCCCUGCAAGUAGUAGGAAUUCUGUGUGGCUAAGAGGAAGAAGCUCCUGCCUGAGUGAAGAUCUGGUGGCGAUUAGAGCCUAUGAAAAAAAGUCUAGUUUGCAUAAGCGAGCAUGAGAAUUAUCCUAAAUCUUCGAGCGGAUAUUGGGAGUUUUUACUCUUUUUUCUGGAAUAAAGGAUAGGUUACUUGUCAUUUGUUAUUUGCAGUUUGCAUUUGAUCACACUGAUCACUGGCUAUCCUCCUCAGGUUCUGAAAUAUAUUUUCAUUUCACUAUCCUA